GCGGAUGUUCGGCGACAAAGAGCUCCGUGGAAACAUCAACAUUUUAUGGUGUGUUAGAAUAAAAAAACUGCCAUACUACAAACUCAGAAUUACAUACUUUAGCGGUUGGUAAUUUAAGUGCGUAUUAGAAGUAUACAAAUUGUGUUUCAGGCCAAUAAAUGGGAAAAUUCCCAUCAUUGUAAACGUGGCAAAAAGAAACGUUUUCAAACAAGCAGGACUGCAUUCCAGGUGAAACCUGAGAAAUUCUGAAAUCUGGAGGUUUUAGAGAGCAAACAUGGAGUUUAUUAAAGAGGAGAUCGAAGACACGAGUUAUACAGAGGAACAAAGAGACAUGAUAAAAGUCAAAGAGGAAAAUCAAGAACUCAGUGAAGAGGAGGAAUACCAGUUUCAGGAUCCUUGUAAUUUCUCAACUGGAGAAGAAUCUUUUAGUUUCACAGAAAAUGUAAAGAGUUUUUCAAAAGAUACAGCUCAGAGACCAGGAGCCAACAAUUCUUUCAUCUGCCCUGAAUGUGGAAAGAGUUUUGCACAUAAAGGGCAUUUUAAUGAGCACCUAAAAAUCCACACUGGAGUGAAGCCAUACGUCUGCCCUCAUUGUGAGAAAGCUUUCACAUGUAAAGGACACCUUAAAAGGCACAUUAGAAUUCACACUGGAGAAAGACCUUAUACAUGCUCGGAGUGUGGAAAGAGUUUCAAAUGUGCAACAAAUCUCAAAGAUCACCAGCGCUCUCACUCUGGAGUAAGAGCAUUCAAAUGUGAGCAGUGUGGUAAAAGUUAUAUUUUGGCAUCAAACUUAAAUGUUCACAUGAAAACUCAUUCAAAUGAGAAACCUUAUGUGUGUGCUGUGUGUGGAAAGGGUUUUUUGCGCUUGGGCUGUUUUAAUGAACAUCAGAAAAUACAUACUGGUGAGAGAUCUCAUAUAUGCUUUGAGUGUGGGGAUACUUUCAUUAGAUCCAGUGCCUUGAAACAGCAUCAAAAAAUUCAUACUGGAGAGAAACCUCACAAGUGUUCAUACUGUGAAAAGGGUUUCACUCAUUCAGGAGCCUUGAGAAGACAUGAGAGAGUGCACACUGGAGAGAGGCCAUAUCACUGCACUGCAUGUGGCAGGAGUUUCACACAAUCAAGUGAUUUGCAGAAUCAUAUAAAAAAGCCUUGCCCAAUGUUGUCACAAACUGCACAAAGUUCAUCUACAGUUGCAAUGUGAAUAGUGUGAAAUUCUCAACAACGUGAAGGUGUAAUUCUCAUGAAAGUUCUCAAGAAAAUGUCCUGGUCAUAUAAAACCCCAAAUUAAUAAUAACAAUAAAAGCAAUUGUAGCAAAACCUACAUUUAGGACUAUUUUUUGUUGGUUUUGGUAAGAACAUUUUACCCCCCAACUAAGCACAACAGUCUGGUUCCAGAAGUAAAAAUCCCAUUAAUUUCCUCAUAGACUAAUUGAUUUUCAACGCUAAUUUUUAAACCAUUAAAGACAGACCUACUUUGAGCUCCGAGGUUGUUUAUCGAUGGUAUAUGCUUCGUUGAAGCCAUUUGUCUGCAUUAUUGAACAACUACAUUACCCAUGGUACAGCAGAGAAAGCUUAACCAACCAGAGAAUCUUGUCCAACAGAGGCCGCAAAAUAAGACCGGAACCGACCGCCCGCUCCCAUGAUGGACUCUAAAUGACACAAAUGAGUAGAUCUCCCUGCACUCUCAAACUACUAAUACAUUUGUGUUUAUCAGUAUAUUUUUGCAAUAACAGUAAAAUAUAUUGUUUCUAAAUUUAUAACAAACAAUCUAAAAUCAAUAGUUUUAUAUAUUCCCAUAAUUUUUUCAGUUACAUCAUUUGCAAUGCUUCAUCGGAUUGUAGUUUGUACUCUCGUGAAGGACGGUAAGUACACAGUCUUGUCUUUUUUUUGUCCGAUUUUCAAAUACUAUUUUUGUUUCAAAACAAAAGUUUGUGAUGAUGUAAUUCACCUUGGAGCUGGUUGGUUUGGUUCAUGGUUUAGAACUCUUUUAUAGAGGAUUUUAUGAAAAGCCUAUGCAAAAAACAAAUGUGAAAAAUACUUCUGAAAUCCCUGAAUAAGUGGGCGGGGACUGUUACGCUCUGUUCUUAUUACUGUAACAUGUCCACAGUGCUGGGCAGAUUACUUGUAAUUUGUAAUCAGUACCUGAUUACAAUUCACAUGACAAAACAAUUUCAGUCAGUAAUGUAAUCUCAGAUUACAUUUUGGGGUAAUCUCAUCCGAGAUUAAUUUAAACUGAAUUCUGUAUGUUUUAAUCAUUUGAGUAGUACUUGUGUCCACAAAUUCAGAUAAAUGAUUGCAAAUAUAAAAAUAUUAAAGAAGUUUUCAUGUUUUCCUCUGAGAUGCUGAUAGAGGUCUAGGCCCUCCAUCAAUGACAGACUCAAAUAUGUGUCUGAGUUUAUAUAUAAAUAUGAGUUUAACAGGCAUUUUGGAGUUUCUAAUAUUAUGGACCAGUUCCCCGGGGCACGUUUACACAAAGGUGAUAAUGCAAUUGCACCAUUUAAAAAAAUGCCAUGCAUGUGUAGCAAGAGAUCAGACCAUUUAUAUUUGUGAAUCAGUGAUACAAAAAUGUCUCAAAGUUAUCACCACACUAAAAUGUUUUAAGCCGACUAAAAAAAAAAGCUAUUUAAGAAACUAAAAGUAACUGUGGCGCUAAUACAAUUGAACAUGAAUUUAUGUGUAUUUGUGCAUUUCGAUUUGAUAGUCAAAAAGCUUUCAAAGUCAUUGUGACAUGGUUAUAUAACACACAGAGUGAUAAUGUAAAAAAUAAUUUAAAGUCGGUUAGAUUUGCGACGGAAAGUUAAAAACAAACAUGCAAUCGUUCUUCCAAAUGCUUUUUCUGAUUUUACAUCGAAUCCUUUGUAGUUGACAGGAUAUUCACUUUUGGAAGGCAGAGUUUAAAUUGCACAGUGAUGUUUUGCCCCGUGUCUCCUGAAAAAUGAUAUGAUCUCUAUAGAUUAUGGGGUUAAAUGUUGAAGUAGGCUGCUCCAUCUUCACCUGACUGGCUAGUAGGGAGUAUCAGUUCUGAGUGCAAUACACACAACCCUCCCCCUCUCUUCUGAAAACACUCAAAGACUUACCAAAGGUUUAUCAGUGGAGUGCUGAUUUAGAAUUAAAAAUGUACAAGAUUGAAAAAAAGAGUGAUUAAGAUGAUCAAUAAAUUAUUAACAAUUUACUGCAGUUGCCUUGUUAAUAUGUAAUCAUGUAAUUUAUAAAAAUUUUACUGUAGUCUGGUUACGAUUAUUUUAAAAUGUAAUGUAACCCAAUUACAAGUAUAUUUUUUUUGUAAUCUGAUUAUGUAAUCCUUUACAACCCAGCACUGUGUAUACAGAUGAUUUACAUUUACUAUUCCAAUUGUUUUCAAUUAUGAUUACUACAACUCAGACCUUUUUUUAACGUAUUAUAGUAAAAAGAAGCUUCUGUACAAUAAUAUUUUUAAUCAAAAUAAGUGAAAAUGCAAGGCAGUAUCAAGGAAGUGCUUCUAUGAUGUGUAAACACUUUAUAAUUAAAACAAUUUCUUUCAUGUUGCUGAAAUGAGAAUAUAAUAAUAACCAACUUUCUUUGCUAAUAAUAAUUGCAGUUUAAAAUGUGCACAACUGUCAUGUCACAGUUGUACAAAUUUUAAUGGCCUUAAAAUUUCUUCAUUUUCUAUAUGAAACAUAUAGUUUAAUUUAAUAUUUGUUUCUUUUGAUUUUGGAGUAAAAUAGGACCAGGACAUUUCCGUGACAGGUUUCAUGAUAAUCACCCAAAAUGGCAUUGCCCUACAAAGCCAAAAUGCAUUGAAUGGGCUUCAUUCACUCCCACUCAAAAGCAUCUAAAUGCAGGAGACCAGAAACACAAGCUCAUGUGAAGAAAUUUUGUACUAUGGUGCAUAUGGAAACUUCAAGUUUGGUGAAUUUAUCUCAUUCAAUUACAUAUUACCGGUAUGUUAAAUGUAAUAAUGUGUUGCUUGGUGGUGUAUAAAACGUUUUGUAUGCUGUAGUCACCUAUAAAACUCAAUCUGAGGGACCCUGUUUACACUUGAUAUUAAGACGCAUUUCGGAUGAUCUGAUUACUUGUGGCCCCAGCACUAAAUACCAACGGGUCCAAAAUGUUUUGUGAUCAGAUAAUAAAAACCACAAAAUCUGAGACCCUCCCCUCCAAAUCCAAUCACAUGUGGUCACAGGAGAUGCAGUUAAGAGACCAUGUGUAAACAGAGACGUGUCUCACAUGACCACAUGUGAUCGGAUCACCCAAGACCCAUCUUAAUACUAGAUGGAAACGGUAAUAUAGCCCUUUCAUUGAUGUCAGAUGCUUAACCAGAUGUUUUUUAUACUCUGGCUGAAAGAUGCUUUGGUCAUUCCAAUUUUCUGACUGUGUAUUUUAUCUGCAGGUAUCAAUUUAGCUUGGGCAUGUGAUUGUUUAUGUUUGAAGAGGCUUGCCUACAUCAAUAAUAUGUCCUGUAUUGUAUCUUAUGACUAUAGACACUAAAGCACUGUUCACACCAGCAGUGACAAAAAAGACACAAGUAGAGCAAUUUCUGGCAACACGAACGACAGUGACCAUUGGUGAAAAGAUGUGUUUGUGGAGAGAGACAUAACAAUCGGUAAUUACUACCAGUAAGAGUGAAGACAAUGUAGAAUGCAUCAUCCAUCUCCUGUGACACUGGUGUCAAAUGCAGGCAGGAUGGUGGCAAAGUUAAGACUCCCAGAUAGCACACGUACAUCUUUGAGACAUCUGUUUAAGAGAGUUUUAUCUGAAAAGCAUUGCAUUCUAAUUAACAUCUGCUAAACAUCUUAAAAAGGUCAGAUUUACUGCUAUACUCUAAAUCAUAAAUGUUUCAAAUACAUCUCCUUUUGACAUCUGAGAGGAAAUGUCUUUUGACAUAUUGCAGAUGAGCAGAUAACCUAAAAAAUGUUGUGUCUUUAAACACAUAUCAAAUAGAUGUCUAGGGGAUGUGCAUGUGCUAUCAGGGUUGUGAGGGAUUUCACUGUUCAAUAUAUUUAGUCUGUAACCACGUGCAUGGAUGGAAUAAAAAAAAAAAAAAGAUGUAUGGAAAACCAUGUCAGAAAUUGUUAGCAUUCUGUUUGAGUUUGAUUAAUUCAUCUUGUUAAUGAUAUGAUGCAAUGAGCACUGCUGCAGUUUAUCAAACACACUCCCCUGCAGAAAUGUUCAUUUUUAGGGGCAAGAAAACCCAUUUAUUUUCAAAUUAGAAUGAUAUCUUAGUUUUACUGGUAGUACAUCUCAUCUUUGGUCAGGAGCCAUAUGUAUAAAGCUGCUUUGAGUAAAAUAUUUGUCUUAAGUGUGUAAAGAGUCAAAGAAUUAUGUAAUUUUGUUCUUAUUCCUAGACUUAAGAAUAAGUUUGAUUCAUAAAUGUUCAUGGGUGUUAAGAUUUUGUCUCAGCUCUUUAGUCUCCUGCUGGAGAGGUAUCCUAACCUAGUUAAGAGUACCAUGAUGGCAAGAGUUAUGUGGAGACAAUACUCUCCAAUAAAGAAAGAAUGUGUUAUGUUAUGGAAUUUGGACAAAUGUGAUUCGUAAUUGAGCAAACAAGUGAAAUUCAUCAACAUAAUUAUUUCUAUUGCAUCACAUUGAAACAAAUUGUAUUAAGCAUUUAAAAACUUUGAUGGGCUGCAUGUCUAAGCUUUCAGAGGGCUGCAACAACUAAUCAAUACAAUGAAGAAAUUACUCGAAUUAUAAAAACCAAUGAAGAAAAUAAUCGACACUGAAAUGAAUUAUGAUUGGUUUGGUAUUGUUGAUGAAAGUGUGCUUCUAUGGAAAAAUAGACAUCUAAAAAGACAUUUGACUAUAAAUUCUCCUCCCUGCCCAGUAGGGGGCAUGAAGAAAGUGAAUCACCAAAAACAAAAAGGAAGAAUGUGAAAGUGGAGAUUGAUAUUAAAAAAGGACAUCAAUAUUUUAUGUUUUAUCCUGUUA